AUGAUAAUGGCGCAUUUUUCUCUUAUCCGAAACAUUAUUUUUUUUCGUCGCACGAAAUCGAAAGGAUACUACCUACUGAUUAUCCACCGAGGCUGGCAAUCAUCUACAGUUGAUGGUUGCUGUGUGGAUGACAGUUAAAGCUUGCAUUAUGAUCCUAGGCAGAUUAUGAGGAUUUGAUCGGAAACUGGUGUCGUAUUGUCCGGAAUAGUGGUUUAUUUCAUUCUGCAUCGAUACCUUUCAAAACCUGGAUGUAUGGUGCACACUCUGUUCACAUUUUCAGCUCCAUUUAUCUUUUUGAGAAAAAUAAAUGGACAUAUCGAUUUUGGGAGUUCCAUGGUAUAUAGAAGCUUGUUUUGGGUUAAAGGUAACUCGGUUGAUUUGAAGGCAGUGCCCAUAUGCCAAACUGGGAAUUCUUUACUUACUAGAAGGAACACUUCUUAUAUGCAUUCAUCUAAACUCAAGGGUGUGCUGGAUAAUAAUGUCGAAGAAUCAUCUGAUGUUGAUGAUGAUGAUGAGCUCUGUCCAGUUGAAUGUGUAAAAGAGUUUUAUACUGAUGAAGAAUUCUUAACGAUUCUUGAGAAGGCUAAGGAAACAAAUGCAUUAGUUGUUGUGGAUUUUUAUCGAACUUCCUGUGGAAGCUGCAAAUACAUCGAACAAGGCUUUGUAAAGAUAUGCAAGGGAUCUGGUGAUCAAGAUGCUCCCGUUAUUUUCCUGAAACACAAUGUAAUUGACGAGUAUGAUGAACAAUCCGAGGUUGCUGACCGCCUCCGAAUUAAGACGGUUCCACUUUUCCAUUUCUACAAAAACGGUGUCCUACUUGAAGCGUUUGCAACCAGAGACAAGGAGCGAAUACGCGACGCCAUUCUCAAGUACACAGGUUCUGCUCCUCAAGAAGUCGAAUCGAUUGCAUGAUGUUUAUAGUAUUUUUCUUGUAUUACUACCAUACGACUCUAGCGACGCUGGUGCAUAGAUUAUUCAGUCGCUACAUUUGUAACUUACUUCCUACAUGUUGAAACUCAAAUUAGCAGAACAAGUACUGAUAUAUAAUAUGAGUUGCUAAACUCGAUUGUAUCA